AUGCAGCAACCAGGCCGGCUGAGGCUGAGGCCGUGGCUGGAGGAGCAGAUUCAUUCUGGAAGGUAUCCAGGGGUCAGCUGGCUGGACCAGUCAGCACAAAUAUUCCAAGUCCCAUGGACACAUGCUGCUCGCCAUGGCUGGAGUAUUGACCGAGAUGCUACUCUCUUCAGGAGUUGGGCCAUGCACACUGGACGCUACCAUCCAGGCGAGGACAAGCCAGAUCCCAAGACAUGGAAGGCAAAUUUCCGCUGUGCGUUGAACUCUCUGCCGGACAUCUGUGAGCUGCGGGAGCACAGCAGGAAGAGAGGCAGCAAUGCCUACAGAGUCUACAGGAUGCUGCCCAGCACCCAGGCACACCGACGCAGGAGAGGGCUGCGGUCCAGCAGGCACAGAGAGAGGCAGGCCAGUUCAGGAGAUGGUACCAACACUGGGCACAGUUGGCAACCCACAACAAUAAGACUCAACUCAGACCUAACACAGAGGGUUGAGACCCCUGCACAGGACAUAUCCAGCAGCUCUCAAACUCAUGGGAUGUGGGAGGCCGAACCAGAGGAGCAGGAACAGACUGAGGCUGUGUUUAAGCUGAUGGACCAUUUGAGCAACGCUGACCUCUGGAACCAAAGUGGGGAACAGAGAAAAUGGAGAACACACACACUGUGGGACCACUGGCACUGUGCUGGUGAUGAUAACUCGUACUCUCUGCACCAGGAGAACCACACUGAUCUGUUUGGUCCAAAUUACCUGAAGGAGCUCUCUGAUUGGUCCACAAAUCAGCAAAACCUGAUGCUGUAG